AACAGAUCAUCAAUUACCACAUUCGACCACUCCAUAUUCGAACUUCAUUCGAGGCUCUCACCAACCAAAGAAAAAAACGAAAAGGAAGACGAAAACUCAUUGGAUCGAUUUCCAGCUAGUGUUUUUUUCUUUUCUUUAGACGUUCAAGAUGAGUGACGAACAGGAUGAAGGGUCGUACAUAGAAGAAGACGAGGAGGAGGAGGAGGAGGAGGAGGAUCAAUUCACGAGCUCGGAGUUCCAGCAGGACGAACGGGGUGGUUCGAUGUCGUAUCUCAGAUUCCAUGCCCCAGCCGGCGCCGGAGAAGGUCUAGACAGCGAGCCAGGGGAGGGGGAGGCUCGGGAGGAGGGUACGGAGAUGGAGGAGCUGGAUGAGGAGGAGCUAGACAGUCUGGCAGAGGCUUCCGAGGAUCAGGUCGUUCGACGGGCCCUUGAGAUUCUCGGGCUCGACCCCGACGGACGCGUCUUGCCCCUCUCGGCCGACCAGGAACUCCUUCUCCACUCGCUCUGGGCUAAAUCCGGCGCCGCCGAUCUUCGUCCCGGCCUCGCCCCAGCAUCCGCUAAACCUCUCGACUCCCACUCCGCUCUCGCCCCGAAAUGGCUUCGCGAUCUCCGCCACUCCGUCCUUUUCUCGCCCCCCUCGGACCCCCAGGAGGAAGAAAACCUAGUCAACGCGAUCAAGAAGAAUCUUUGCUCAAUCGUCAAUAAUCUUUCUGAAGAUCAAUGGCGACAUCCGCCUCCACCGUCCUUCCUACCUUCGACGAGCUGCUCGUCGAGUCGAGCGAAUCCUGAAGGAUUCGAGGGCGCCACCAGCUCGACGCACGAACACGAAGCUUACCUGCAACGGGAGUUCAAUCCGCUCUCGUUAGUCUCCUCGCUCGCAGCUGACUCGAUGGCCGACUCAGCCCAGCCGCCCCGUCAGCUUUGGCUCGGUGAAGAUGAGGACGACGGUUUGGACUCAGAGGCCAGCCUUAUCGACCUCCUCAAUGCUUCACCUGCCCUCCCCGAAUCUGCCAACCAAUCUCAUCUCUCCCCCACCUGGCCUCGGCCUCGUCGCUCAAACACUCGCCAUGCUCAAAGUAGUUCUCUGGCUAGGCAAGUCAGCCGUUUAGGGAUGGGCGAGUAAUCCUUACAUAUCAUCAACUUGGAUUUUGAAUUCAUCACAUUAGAAAUUCAAUCCAAAAAGAAAACUGUAAUUGUCCUUAUUAGACGUAAAACUAAGAAAUUUGUACAAAACAUCGCAACAAAUGUUAUAAAUCCAUGAAUACAUAACCUAGAGAGACAAUCAGUGUAGUGGCAAUUAUAAUUUAUUUACAGUGUGACUGGAACUCAGCAAAAAGAAUGCUUGG